CUCAGCACUCACCAGGGAGCAGAGGCACCUCCACCAUGCCUGGAAACUGCUGUUCUAGGAAAUGCCCCUCUGUGCCAGCUGUCUCCCUCUGCUCCACUGAGGUGAGCUGUGGAGGGCCUGUUUGCCUGCCCAGUUCUUGCCAGAGCCGGACUUGGCAACUGGUGACUCAAGAUAGCUGCAGAUCAUCCAGCUGUGGCCUGCAGCGCUGUGAGCCCUCCUGUCCUGUAAGCAGCUGUGCCCAGCCUGUGUGCUGCGAGGCCACCAUCUGCGAGCCCACCUGUCCCGUGAGCAGCUGUGCCCAGCCUGUGUGCUGCGAGGCCACCAUCUGCGAGCCCACCUGUCCCGUGAGCAGCUGUGCCCAGCCUGUGUGCUGCGAGGCCACCAUCUGCGAGCCCACCUGUCCCGUGAGCAGCUGUGCCCAGCCUGUGUGCUGCGAGGCCACCAUCUGCGAGCCCACCUAUCCCGUGAGCAGCUGUGCCCAGCCUGUGUGCUGCGAGGCCACCAUCUGCGAGCCCACCUGUCCUGUGAGCAGCUGUGUCCAGCCUGUGUGCUGCGAGGCCACCAUCUGCGAGCCCACCUGUCCCGUGAGCAGCUGUGCCCAGCCUGUGUGCUGCGAGGCCACCAUCUGCGAGCCCACCUGUCCCGUGAGCAGCUGUGUCCAGCCUGUGUGCUGCGAGGCCACCAUCUGUGAGCCCACCUGUCAGGUGAACAGCUGUGCCCAGCCUGUGUGCUGCGAGGCCCCUUCCUACCAACCAGUCCUCUGUGUGCCCACUACUUGCCAGAGCAUCCUCCGCAGACCCAGCUGCUGCCAGCCAGUCAUCUGCGAGCACACCUACUGUCCGACUGUCUGCACCAGGCCAAGUUCCUGCCAACCAGUGAUCUGUGAGCCUGCUUGCUGUCAGCCAGUGUGCCCCACGCCUAGCUGCUGUUCAUCUGUCCGCUCUGUGGCCAAUGGCCGCCAGUCUGUCUGCUAUGAGCCACCUUGUGAGCCACAUUGUGAGCCACCUUGCUCAGAGCCCAUAUGCCAGCCAACCACCCGUGUGUCUCUGGUCAGUGAGUCUGUCUGCGUCCGCCCGGUCUGCUGUGUUCCAAGCCCUUGUGAACCACCUUGUGUCUCUAGCACGAGCCAAGAGCCCUCUUACUGCAUCUCUAGCCUCUGCCAACCCAUCUGCUCCAAGCCCAGCCUCUGCUCACCUAGUGUCUGUGUGCCCCGGCCAUGUCAACCCAUCGGCUAUGUCGUCAAGCGCUGCCAGUCUGUCUGCUGUGAGCCCGUUUCCUGCCCGUCUACCUCCUGCCGACCUCUCUGCUGCCGCCCAGGGUCUUCUGCAUCUGUCAUCUGCCGGCCAAUUUGCUCUCGAACUUUCUACAUACCCAGCUCCUGCAAACAACCGUGCACUCCUUCAGUUUCCUACCGCCCAAUUUGCCGCCCUCUCUUCUCUGGACCCACCACCUACAGGCAGCCGUAUGUGACGUCCAUCUCCUACCGCCCAGGCUGCUUUCGCCCCUGUUACUCCAUCUUGCGCCGCCCGGCCUGCAUCACUUCUGUCUCUUACCGUCCCAUCUGCACCCACCUGUCUUGUACUGACACCUGCAAACGUGAUUGCAAAAAGUCUACUUCCAGCCAACCGGAUUGUGCUGACUCAACACCCUGCAAGACAGAGGUCUCAGAGGCCAAUCCUUCCCAGCCCACUGAGGACAAGCCCAUCAACCCAACCACCUGUGAGGCCGCAACCAGCCAGCCUGCUGCCACCAAGCCUGCUAACUGCUGAAAUGGCCUCUGCCCACAAAUCCCUGUAGUGCAUGCCUCUGGCUACAGAGAAAAUAUGACUGCCCUCCCCAAAGCUCAUUCUGACGUAGAAUCUUUUUCUUUCUGCAUUAUCACUCACCAUCUGCUUAUGCUUCAAAGAACUCACAAGAAAUGUCAGUCUCCUAAGGGUCCAAAUGAAGUCCUCCUGGGCACAAGAGGGGGACACCCAGGUUCCUGUCUGCUGCUGCCCAUAGGCUGAAAAAGGCUGCUGCGCUACAUCAUCUCAAGUCUCUCUCCUGGCAUCAGAUUUUUCUGUCUUCAUGCGUGUGCUCCCUCGCUAUGUGUGCCCCUCUUCCUUGGGGACCUCUUCCAUGAGAUCAAGCUAUUUACCUGUCCAAUAAACAUGAUUA